GGCAGCGCCGGACGCAGCCAGAGCCGCGGCUGACGCGGUCUCCACCUCCUCCCCCAAAGGCCUCCCCGGACCCCUGGCUCAGCCCCAGCCGGUGGCUCCACCAUGCCCCGGGGGAGGCGCGGCGGCCGGGUGAGCGCCCUGGAGGGCUGCCGGGAGGAGGAGGCGCCCCCGGCGGCGGACGCCGUGCCCUCGGUGCUGUGGGCGUCCGGGCAGCAGCCGGAGGCGGCGGCCGAGCUGAUUCUGCUCCGGGGCAUCUUCGAGAUCGGGAGGGACAGCUGCGACGUGGUGCUGAGCGAGCGGGCCCUGAGGUGGCAGCCCAUCCAGCCCGAGCGCCCCACAGGUGAUUCCAAGUAUAAUUUUCUACAUAAAGAAGAAUUCAUUGAACUCAAAGACAUAUUCUCUGUCAAACUGAAACGGCGUUAUUCAGUUAAACAGCAGAGAAGUGGUACUUUAUUAGGAAUCACACUCUUCGUAUGUUUGAAAAAGGAACAAAAUAAAUUAAAGGAUUCUACACUUGAUCUUAUUAAUUUAAGUGAAGACCACUGUGACGUAUGGUUUAGACAGUUCAAGAAAAUUUUGGCAGGUUUUUCAGACAGACCGAAGUCAUUAAAAAUAGUCCUUAACCCCCAAAGCCACAAAAAAGAAGCUACUCAGGUCUAUUAUGAGAAGGUUGAACCAUUGUUGAAGAUUGCGGGAAUAAAGACGGAUGUAACAGUAACAGAAUAUGAAGGGCAUGCUGUGUCACUGCUAAAAGAAUGUGAACUACAGGGAUUUGAUGGUGUGGUCUGUGUUGGUGGAGAUGGAACUGCCAGUGAAGUAGCCCAUGCUUUGCUUCUUAGUGCCCAGAAGAAUGCCGGGGUGGAAACAGACAGCAUCCUGACUCCUGUCCAAGCCCAGCUUCCACUUGGUGUGAUACCAGCAGGAUCUACUAAUGUAUUGGCACAUUCUCUUCAUGGAAUUUCUCAUGUGGUAACUGCAACUUUGCACAUUAUAAUGGGGCACAUACAACCGGUCGAUGUCUGUACCUUCAGCACCAAUGGCAAGUUUCUUCGCUUUGGGUUCUCAGCCAUGUUUGGCUUUGGUGGAAGAGCUUUGGCUCUGGCAGAAAAACAUCGAUGGAUGUCUCCUAACCAACGUAUGGAUUUUGCUGUCAUUAAGGCACUGGCAAAACUUAGGCCAGAGGAAUGUGAAAUAUCAUUUUUACCAUUUAACGACCCUCAGGAUUUAGAAGAAAGGAGGGCACAGGGAUCUCCGAAAUCUGACUGUAAUGAUCAGUGGCAAAUGAUCCAGGGUCAGUUCUUGAAUGUCAGCAUUAUGGCAAUUCCGUGCCUGUGUUCAGUGGCACCUAGAGGCUUGGCACCUAAUACCAGAUUAAAUAAUGGAAGCAUGGCUCUUAUAAUUGCACGAAACACUUCUCGACCAGAAUUUAUAAAACACCUGAAAAGAUAUGCAAGUGUUAAAAACCAGUUCAAUUUUCCAUUUGUUGAGACUUACACUGUUGAAGAAGUAAAAGUUCACCCAAGGAGUAACAGCAGUGGACACAAUCCAGAGGAAGAAGAUGGACCACAUGAAACUGCUACAGGAAGCAGUUUCCCUUGGAAUGUAGAUGGUGAUUUAAUGGAAGUUGCAUCAGAGGUCCAUGUUAGAGUACACCCAAGACUUAUCAAUCUUUAUGGAAAAAGCAUGGAAGAAAUGAAUGAUUCCAAAGUAACAUGUAGUUGUUUAUAAGAGGAAUGUGCGAAUUAGAAUUUUAAUAUGAAGGGAUAUUGUCAUGUUUUAAACAGAUAUUUUAGUAAGGAAAAAACUAUUUUUAAAAGA